CUCCAACCAUCUCUCCCGUGCUGGGGAUCUCUCCCGCCACCAUCUUCAUUAUCUUCCCAUUAUCUGACCGCAACACUCGCCAUCAUCCCUAUGUCAUCCCAAAUGUUUUUCUAAAUAUCCAUUCUGCGUAGAAUGGGCAUCCCCAUGGACAGCAAUAUUCAUGCCCCGACAGUAUCCUCCGGACCAACAUCCGGAGGGAUCCCCGCCCGCGAUCUGUCCAAGCUCUCGAUGACUGAUCUGAUGAAGCACAAGGAAAAGAUUGAGGAAGAGCUUUCGGCGCUCAGCAGUGUACUAAGUUCUCAUGGCGUUAACAUGGGCACUUCACUUACAACAUUCGACGGCUUUCCACGCGAUGAUAUUGACGUGGCUCAGAUACGCACUAUAAGAGCGCAGAUUAUCCGACUUCGUUACGACCACAAGGAGGCCAUGAACCACAUCGAAAAAGGUAUUCACGCUCAUUUUGCCAGCCUUCAGAGCGCCAGGGACAGUACCGCUACCUCUGGAACUACGAACGGCUCUGCCAGCCUUGGCUCCGAAGCAAACACGCCAGAGACUGUGAUGGGUGGGAUAAGACCAUUUGCGAAAGUGAACAGUGUUGUGUCUGGAAGCCCUGCUGAUCGGGCCGGCUUGAAGACCGGUGAUGCUAUACGAAGUUUUGGAAGUGUAAAUUGGCUUAACCACGAGCGCCUAUCCAAGGUGGCGGAAGUGGUUCAACAAAAUGAAGGGCGCGCCAUUACUGUCAAAAUUUCUCGAAAGGAGGGGGCGUCUGAUCACACCGUCGAACUAGAUCUGGAACUUAUCCCACGCCGCGAUUGGGGCGGUCGCGGUUUAUUGGGCUGCCACCUUCUCCCUUUGUAAUGACACCAUCUUCCAUCGGCUGCAGCCACAUGGAAAUACUGGCGGAUGAACAUGUACAACAAGGCGGUAAAAUACGGGGGAAAGAAUGAGAAGGGAAUGUCAGGAAUGGGACACGAUUUCACGACUGAUUCUACUGUUUUGAAGAGGCAUGAAUGGCGUUAGUUUAAUUUGGGUCAAUAGCAGUCAACGUAUUUCUGUCGACGAGGAAUGGGCAUCAGAAUGGUGAUGUCUAUGUCAGCAAUAAUUCAUAGUUACUAGAGUCAGUUACUGUACUAGUAGUAACACGAAAAAACAUCCUGAAAAGCUGAUGCGUCGUCAGGUACAAAAGACCAAAAAAAAGGAUGCAUUCAUUGUGACGCC